AUGAAAUUUGUGAAAUUGGCCUUUGGCAAUACAAUGCCUUUGGGCUAUUACGAUGGCCUACAUGACAGGAUCAUUACUAUGCUAGAAAGCAAUGGUCUUGAAGAGGAUUGUGCAGGAUAUCAAGUAAUUACUUUAGCACUUUUACUCCUGAACAUUGUGUUUGUCGACUUACUUGAUUAUCAUAUUACUCUGUCCAAUGCCAGACAAUGUUACUUUGUCGAUGGAAGAGCUUAAAAUGGUUAAUGUUCAUUCUCUUUGUUUAUCCAGUUUGCUUUCAUUCAAUUGACUGUUUGCAGGCUUUGCUCAACAGUGUUGUUGACUGUGUGGGAAUACAAUGUUUUCUUAUAUAAAGUUUUGCUGUUGUUACUCUCUCUCUCUCACCUUUAGAUAUCUUUGAUAAUGACAACAGCAUUCUUUAUGCUACAAACUACUGUUUUACUAAGAAAUGUUUCUUUGUAAAACACUGCCACUUUGGUAUUAAUUUCAAGCCUGAUUAUUAUUGUGCCAUAUUGUAGGUAGGUGAUGAUUCAAAUGAUGUUGCAUCUCAGCCAAUACAGAGAAGAAAUCAAGCUCAAGAGCUAAUUACAAAGGAUGAUUGUCGAAAAGCUAUUGCAGAAGCUAUGGGCUCAAUUGAAGCCAAGAUUGACGUGUCCAAUCAGAAUUUGAUGCGUGGUAUUUUAAAGUUUGCCGAAAGAGUCAAAGGUAUGCCAGUGUCAAAACUGACCAGUUGUUUCCACACAUUUGGUGCAGCUGGGGUGGUUCAUUCACGAGUGACAACUCCAUCAAUUAUGAAAAGGGAAAAACGAGGGAAAAUUCAUGUUCAGCCAGAGGCAGUUAAGUGA